AUCUUGAGGUAGAGCUCUCAGCUAAUGGAAUCGGCAGAUUGGUUAUUGGACAGAACGGUAUCUUAUCCACACCUGCUGUUUCAUGUAUCAUCCGAAAGAUCAAAGCAGCUGGUGGAAUUAUUUUAACAGCUAGCCACAGUCCUGGGGGACCCGGAGGAGAGUUUGGAGUCAAGUUCGAGGUUGCCAAUGGAGGACCUGCUCCAGAUAUCGUUUCAGAAAAAAUCUAUCAAAUCAGCAAAACUUUGGAGGAAUAUGCCAUUUGUCCUGAUCUCAGAGUUGAUUUGUCACGCCUAGGAAGACAAGAAUUUGAUCUGGAGAACAAAUUCAAGCCUUUCAGAGUGGAAAUUGUGGAUUCUGUGGAUAUCUACCUCAAUCUCCUUCGAAAUAUCUUUGACUUCAAUGCUAUCAGAAAUUUGCUGACUGGACCCAACCAGAUCAAAAUAAGGAUUGAUGCCAUGAAUGGAGUUAUGGGACCUUAUGUGAGAAGAAUCCUGUGUGAUGAAUUGGGAGCCCCUGCAAAUUCUGCCAUAAACUGUAUUCCUCUGGAGGAUUUUGGUGGACAACCUCCUGAUCCCAAUUUAACAUAUGCAACUGCCUUGCUGGAGGCUAUGAGAGGUGGCGAGUAUGGAUUUGGAGCUGCUUUUGAUGCUGACGGAGACCGCUACAUGAUCCUUGGCCAAAACGGUUUCUUUGUUAAUGCGUCAGAUUCAUUGGCUAUAAUUGCUGCCCAUCUGUCUUGCAUUCCAUACUUUUGUCAUAUGGGUGUCCGAGGAUUUGGCAGGAGCAUGCCUACCAGCACAGCCCUGGACAAAGUGGCAAAAGUAAUGAAGGUUCCUGUGUAUGAGACGCCAACGGGAUGGAGAUAUUUUUCCAAUCUGAUGGACUCUGGACGUUGCUCGCUUUGUGGAGAGGAAAGCUUUGGCACUGGGUCUGAUCACCUUCGAGAGAAAGAUGGACUAUGGGCUGUGCUAGUUUGGCUUUCAAUCCUAGCAGCUCGAAAGCAGAGUGUGGAAGAGAUUGUCAGGGAUCACUGGGCAAAAUUUGGCCGACACUACUACUGCAGGUUUGAUUAUGAAGCACUGGAACCCAGAACAGCAUAUUUUAUAAUGAGAGACCUGGAAGCUUUGAUCAUUGACAAAUCAUUCAGUCAUCAGCAGUUUGCUGUGGGUAACAAUAUCUACAGCGUGGAAAGAACGGACAGCUUUGAGUACGUAGAUCCUGUGGAUGGCACUGUGACCAAAAGACAG